AUGGAAAGACUUGGAAAUGACACUGAUUCUGAAGAUGAAGAAGAUUCUGAUCAAGAAGAUCAAAUAUGUUUAAUGGCUGAUCACACAGAUAUGAAUGAGGUUUGCCUUAUAUCCAAGAAAAAAUCGGACAUGUGGUAUCUUGAUAGUGGAUGUUCAAGGCAUAUGACCGGAAAGACUGCCUUCUUCAUCAAACUCAACAAGUAUGAUGGAGGGUUUGUCACUUUUGGAGAUGAUGGUAAAUGUGAAAUAAUUGUCAUUGAUUUUGCUAACCUUAUGACGAGUGAAUUUGACAUGAGCAUGAUGGGAGAGCUCACUUUCUUUUUCGGAUUGCAAAUUAAGCAAACUGUAGAGGGUAUUUUUGUUCAUCAAGAAAAAUACGCUAAGAAACUUUUUAAGAAAUUUGGGCUAAAAUGUGCCAAGCCAAUGGGAACUCCCAUGCAUCCCAACAUCAAGUUAGACAAAGAUGAACAUGCUAGAGAUAUGGACGAGACAAGAUAUAGGAAAAUGAUUGGUUUCUUAAUGUUUCUUAAUUCUUCAAGGCCUGAUAUCAUUCAAAGUGUUGGUAUAUGCUCAAGAUUUCAAUCAAAGCCCAAGUAA